AUGCAAUUCGCAGAUGAUAUAGAACCUCAACAUAAGUUAGGCUAUAAAAUAUUAACUCCGAACUGUACAACAUUAGUUCUAAAGGGUUUGUAUAUGUUACCCGAAAUUAUAUUUGGUUUAAAGAAGAUGAAAAUGGACAUAAAAUGUGAACAUUUGGAAGACUCACAUUUAACUAAUAAACACUUUUAUAUAAGAAGCACAUUACAACCAGAUGGAUCAAAUAUAUCAAAGGUUGAAAGAGAAUAUAUUCCACCUGAUGAAAAUGAACAGGUACGCAAAGCAUAUGUAAAACCGAUAGGGGCUUGGAUCAAUGUACCUUACGUGAUUGGUUCUCUGGCGGGCAUGAGUUAUGACUUCUUGUUAGAACAAAAUGAUCAGAAAAUUUUAUCUUUGGCUGAAAAUAUAUAUGGAGAUAUACAUAUUCAAUGUGAUAUUAUCAAAACACCUGAAACAGAAAGAAUUGCAGAUGAAUAUUUAAACAAGUAUUACAAGUUUUCUCCAUUACCUGAAGAAUUCAAUAAAUUUUGGUAUACUUAUGUUGAGAAUAAAGAGUUGUACAAAUAUGCAAAACCUGGUGAAUCCAAAGAUAUUUAUGAUGAAAUUAUAAAGUUCAAGGAUGAGAUGAAACAAUCAUUGGAUAAAUUUUUAGAAAACAAAACAGAAAUAUGA